UCUCGCGUGCGAGAAGCGAAUCGAUAGUACCCCAUCAGCUGUUUAUUCCUCCCACCAGAAGUACACUCUUGUAGUCGCUACCUGUCUUCACGGCCAUAUUGGGCACGCACAUACAGGAGAAAUGAAAAUGUUCCACGGUAAAUGAGGUCCCUCUGAAGCUCUCGAGGCAGACGUGUCUGGUUACAAUACGCAGCCUGCGAAUCGUAACAAGCAGACCACGAAGCAUGGCAUGGCACUGCAAUGGCACUACGAAUCAAGAGAUGGUGACGAAGUUGAAAGAUGCUGGUAUAUUGGCGACAGACAGAGCAGAAGCCGCUAUGCUAGCUGUUGACAGAGCGAAAUAUUGCCACGAGUCAGAUCCUUACCUUGACCGUCCCAGGAGAAUUGGUUACAAUGUGACAAUCAGUGCACCACAUAUGCAUGCGUACGCAUUGUCGAUUCUCUCCGAUCAACUCGUCGACGGCGCCAAGGCACUAGACGUCGGUUCGGGCUCGGGCUACCUGUCCGCCUGCAUGGCGUUCAUGGUGGGCUCGCGCGGACGCGUGAUAGGUAUCGAGCACAUACCCGAGCUCAUAGAGAUCGCCACUAGGAACGUGCGCGAGGACUGUUCGCAUUUCCUCAAGGAGGGACGCAUCAGAUUUGUCGUGGGAGACGGCAGAUUGGGAUAUCCUGAUGAGGCCCCUUACAACGCUAUACACGUUGGAGCAGCGGCCGACACUUUACCGCAAGAGUUGAUAGACCAACUAGCUCCCGGAGGUCGACUGAUCUGCCCGGUCGUGGCCAUACAAGGUUUCCAAAGGUUCCAAGAUCUGCUACAGGUGGAUAAGAGCGCAGACGGCGCGGUUACAAAGAAGAAGCUGAUGCAGGUUUCCUAUGUACCUCUUACGGAUCCCACUACUCAGUUACGUAACACGAGUGUUUAGGUAUUUGUGUCUUACGAUAGACAUACAAUUCGAGUGGGCGGUUAAACGAAUUGCGCGCAGAAUCGCCUAUCAAUGAUAAUCGGGAUUUUUUUUCUCAUUAGUUUUUCUUUCUUUUCACGCGUACAACGCCGACUUAAGCUUCUCGCUUAGGAGUGAAUUAUACUAAUAAAUUAUAUUUUACAUAUAUCUCUUUUAUGUUAAUUAUUAUAUACAUUUUUCCAGUUAUAUUUAACAAAUGAUACGAUUGCCACAAUUGUAUUCGACGCGUCACGUCAUCCAUUCUUCGCUAUUUAUUCCUAUAAGAUCUUAAAUUUGUUACAGCAUUGAUGUCCUUACCAGUUUGUUUUACAAAUAUCCUAAUAUCCAAAGUGUAAAACUUAAUACUCACGUAAAUCUUCGUGUAUAGAGGGAGAAUUGUAAGAAGGUUAAUGAUAAGAAAAUAAACUUUUUUAACAACGA